AUGUCUCGUUAUUUCGAAAUAGCUUCUCGCCGAGACACAAAGAAGGCUGGAGACGGGUUUCGUGCUGCUGUGGACAUAGCAGCAGCAGCAGCAGCAGCAGCAGCAAGCCCAGCAGCAGCAGCAGCAGGGGGCCAGCUGGAGAUGGAUUUGCUGCUGGACCUGAGCCUGGUGGUGGCGGACCCGCUGGUGCGCCACAAGCGCGUUUUAGGUGUAUGUACACCCCAAGUGUACACUGCAGCAGCUUAUUAUUUGUCUUUGCCUUCCCGAGAAAUGAAAAGAUGUGCAGCAACAGGAGUCCACGGAUUGAAGUACAUUUCGGGUUGCUACCCCUUAACUGCUGCUGCAGUAGGCGGCAGCACGCGCGGCGAGAGUUUGCUGCUGCUGCAGCCGCAGCUGCUGCUGCGCCGCGAACUUGCUGCUGCAGCAGGCUACACUUUGGCUGUCUGGAUACACACCCCGCUGCCAGCAACUGGGAGUUUGCAUGCGCUGAUUUGUGGGGAUUUGGAUAUUCACAUUUGUGUUGCUGCUGACGGGGGUUCAGUGGGUUCUUUGCUGCGGCCUCCAGACAACUCUGCUGCUGCUGCUACUAAUGCUGCUGCUGCUGCUGCUGCUGCCGCGGGCGCUUCGGCCGAGGGACUGGACUUGUCCCUUGAAAGCGAGGGCUGGCAUUUGCUGCACGUGGUUGCUGCUGCAGCGCCGCCGCUGUCACGCGCAGCAGCAGCAGCAGGGAGGACAUCGCCUGCAGCAGCAGCAGCAGUAGCAGCAGCAACAGAAGAUAGAGCUGGCAGCAUGGCCUUCUACCUUGAUGGGGCCCCCAGGGGACUUGUCCCUAGGGUGUCUUGGGCCCCGAUUAAGUACAUUGGCAAUUCUCUUUCGGGCAGCAAACCCUUCGGGGGUUUUGCCCACUUGAGGGUUUACGCCAAACCCUUUAGGCCCCAAGAAGUCUCCUUCGACUACACGACUUAUCCUCUGCGGUACGCGCUGACUGCUGGGCGGUCUUCCUACGCAGGUUCGCAGGUGCCGGUGGCGCGGGGCAGCAACAGCAGCAGCAGCAGCAGCAGCAAGCAGGGGAGCCGGCGCAGCAGCAGCGAGAGCAAGGGGAGCAGCAGCAGCAGCGAGGAGCUGGUGCUGGCGCCCCGGGAAGUUGAAGCAGCAGAGGAGCGGCCGCCGCAGCUGCUGCUGCAGGUGCUGUCCGACGGGGAGUAUGUUGAUUUGCUGCCAGCAGCAGCAGCAAAGAGACACGAGCUGAUGGUUGUGGGGUUGGGGGACUUCGUGGAGGCCCCCAACGGGCAGCUGGCUGCGUGGGACACGGCGCUGGGCCGGGCUGCCAGCAGCAGCAGCAGCAGCAGCAGCAGUAGCAGCAGCAGCAGCAAAGCGCUGCGGGGCAGCCUGCACCUAGUUCCCCCGCUGCCUCUCAGCCCCCAGGGCUUCACUCUGGCCUGCUGGGCCAAACUGCCGCUGCAGCAAACUGGAGCUUUCCACGCCUUGGCUGGCAACAGCAGCGGCGGCGCCUUUUUAGCUGCUGACCCCCGCUGCUGCACUUUAGGGUUUAAGGUUUAG